CGGCUGGCGUAGGGCCGGGCGGUGGGCAGGGGCUGCGGGGACUAUUGCGAGCCAGGGGCUGGCAGGUUCUAAAUGGCUUCUAAGAAAUUGGGAUCCGACUCUCACGGGCCUUUCAGCUAUCUUGAUGAUGUCCCAUUUAAGAUAGGAGACAAAUUUAAAACCCCUGCGAAGGUUGGACUACCCAUUGGUUUCUGCCUGCCUGAUUCUUUUCAGCUUGUCAGAGAAGCCCAGUAUGACUUCUCCCUGGAAAAGAAAACAAUUGAGUGGGCUGAAGAUAUCAAAAAAAUUCAAGCUGCCCAGAAAGAAGCUGAACGCAAGGCUGAAGAAGCAAUAGCAAACUCAAAAGUUGCUCCAGAGGACAACAGAAUGGGGUUCCCAGAGGGGCCUUGCCCCGAGGCCAUGCCUCCACCUAUUAACCCCAUACUCGCUAGUCUGCAGCACAAUAGUAUUCUUACCCCUACUCCAGCCAACAGCAGUGCUGUGAAGCAAAAAGUUCUUAGUCCACCUCAUCCAAAAGCAGAUUUCAACCCAGCUGAUUUUGAAUGUGAAGAAGACCCAUUUGACAAACUGGAAUUAAAAACUAUUGAUGAUAAGGAGGAAUUAAAAAACAUUCUUGAAAUUCAUGUUGGUACUACUGGGCCAGUUGUUGCCCAACUGUUAGAUAACAGCUUGCCCAAAGGAAAGUCUGAGUCUGUGUUACAAGAUCAGGAAGUUUUGGCAUCCAUAGAAAGGGCCGCGUUGGACCUCAAGCCCCUUCACAAACCCAAUGGCUUUAUCACUUUACCGCAACUGGGAAACUGUGAAAAGAUGUCCUUGUCUUCCAAAGUGUCCCUGUCCCCUAUCACUUCAGUGAGCAGUAUCAAAUCCCUGUCCUUUCCUAAACUUGACUCCGAUGAGAGUGAUCAAAAGUCGUCAAAGCUCAUGGGCACUUUUCACAGCACUAGUUGUCUCCGCAAUGGCACUUUUCUCAGCUCUUUGCAGGCCUGUGCUCAGAAUAAAGCUAGCGAACUGAAUGGACACCACAUGGUUGAUCUUUCUGCUGUAAACGAGGACAGUGGAAUGGAGACAUCUACCUUAUCCUCUUCAUCCAGACUGCCGUCCCUGGCUUUGUCGACACUGUGUGCAGAAGAACAAAGCGCAGUGACCACGGUACACCCAGACAAGGAGACAGAAAUCCCUAUGGUAACACACCAAAAUUUCCCAGUGUCUAAAGUGCCCAACAACACGACCUGCACAAAGCAGUCGGGUGUUCCUUUUCCGGAGUUACAGCAGGCUCUCUCUGCUAGCGAGAGGCAGUGCGUAGAGACAGUUGUCAACAUGGGAUAUUCACCUGAGAAUGUCCUGAAAGCCAUGAAGAAGAAGGGGCAAAACAUAGACCAGGUUUUGGAUUACCUGUUUGCACACGGACAGCUUUGUGAAAAGGGCUUUGAUCCACUUCUUGUUGAAGCGGCUUUGGAGAUGCACCAGUGUUCAGAGGAGAAGAUCACGGAACUUCUCCAACUUAUGAGUCAAUUUAAAGAAAUGGGCUUUGAACUAAAGGACAUUAAGGAGGUCUUAUUAUUACAUAACAAUGACCAGCAGAAUGCUUUGGAAGAUCUAAUGGCCCGUGCAGAAGCCAGCUGAAGCACAUUCCUGAGUUCUUGGCGUGCAAUGGAACAGCCCCACCACCUUCACGUUCAGUGUGACUUGCUCUCAGCAAGGAGUCCAGUUUUUUGCGUACAUGGGAAAGUGAAUGAGCAAGCCUGCCUGCGUGCAUCACUCCAGCAUUUCUCUUUUCACUGGGAGCCAACUUUCUUUCUUAAAUUAAAUUUUUGAAGUGUCCUUUCCUAAGUUUCCUUUUUCCAGCUUGGCCACGGAGAUUUUAGACUGCCCAGCUGCUCUACUGGAAUUGUAUAUAGUCAGAGACAAGAGUGGUCCUCCUCACUGUUGCACUGGAGUUGGACAGGGGAUUACUAAAUUUGUUCUGAAACAUAUAAUGCUUUGGUUCUUUGAAGCUGCUUUCUUGGUGUCUGCUUGUACUGAAUUACUUGACUGUGUCACAGUCCAGAUUAUCGGGUUAAAUCUGACCGUUAGUGCAAUGGAGUUUUAUUUUUUGAUUGAGAGUUAGUCUGUAACUUAGUGAAACACUGGUUUGGAAACUGUCGCCAUGCAUAAAGAGAGAAGCUGUUCCUCUUGUUUCUUCUUUAACUCAUGCAUCCAACACUUCUGCAGACGUAAGUGUCCUAUGCUAAGUGGUUAUAAGUUCUCUUGAAAUAUAACCCAGACCUGCAAUUUGUGGUGGUUCUUGAACCUGAAGGCAGAGAGCUGGGGCUCAGUAUUCUUAAUCCCCCUGGCUUGUAAGAUAUUUAAGAAAAUGCUCUGCUAGGAAAUCAGUUAUCUUUUGUUCUAAAUAAUAUUCAGUGUGAUGCAGGAGGUUUCUUUCAAGCACUUUCUUUAAAAUAAACAUACUUGCUGCAUUA